GACACAGUACCGUAACGCUAGUCGACUGCUACGCGUUCCUAACCACUACUCCUCGUUCUAGUUAAUCAUGCUGCGUACUCUUUGCCCUCGCCGCGCCCUUCUGUCGUCUUUGAACACCCCUAGACUCUACUCGACAGCUCCCGUAAAACCCUCCGUCCAACUCAUCGGUCAGCUUCGCAAGCGCACAGAAGUAUCAAUAUCCAAAGCUCGUGAGGCACUCACUGCGACCAACAACGACGUCGACGCCGCGUUUGACUGGCUCGAGAAAGACCUUGCCGCGUCAGGUGCAAAGAAGGCUGCCAAAGUCGCGGACCGCGAUGCGCGCGAAGGUUUCGUUACCAUCAGCGUGCUUUCCGGAGGAGCACAUGCUCCACAAAGCAACGGAGGAGGGCCGGGUACUGGCGGGUUACGUGCAGCACUUGUAGAGCUCAACUGCGAGACCGACUUUGUGGCGAGGAACGCGCUCUUCACGCAGCUGGCCGCGGACAUUGCCCACACGGCCGCGUUCCUCGCUGAGCCAUCGGACAGCGCGUCAUUGAUUCAAUCAUAUAACCUGGACAUGCUCAAAGAUGCGCCACUGUUAUCUGCCUCAGACCCGAACUCGGGCGCAAACACAUCGGUCGGAAGCGCUAUCCAGGAGUUGAUUGCCAAGGUCGGAGAGAAGGUCGCGCUUGCACGCGCCGCCACAGUGGCCCAGCCACAGCCACCCUCGACAGCUGCUGUCGGACUUCGACUUGGAGCGUACACGCAUGGAGGAGCAGGUGGUGGACUGCAGGGACGUGUGGGAGGACUGGCGAUCCUUGGGUACAGGAAUGCACUCCUUUCGGCACCCCAAGCUGAGCGAGAGAAGCUCGAACGCGCACUUGCGCGCCAAAUUGUCGGUAUGGGACCCCAAACGAUCAGGAAAGAAGAGGGAGUAGAAGGGGGAAUGGCGCUGUACGAGCAACCGUUCUCGAUGAUGGGCGAGGACGCGACCGUGCGACAAGUGCUGGACAACUGGGCUCAAACACACGGCGUCUCUGGGGGUGAUAGUGGUGUGGAGGUGAUCGAGUUCCUGAGAUGGACUGUCGGCGAGUCAGAGUAGACUCAUCAGGUGUAGAGUAGAUCUAGA